AUGACUGGUAAGCGGAUCGCUGGAGAACGAACGACGAUGAAAAAUCUGCAGUCAGAGCGAUGCGUAUCUCCGAGAAGACGCGAAAACGUCUCUAACGGUUCGAAAGACGGUUCAGUACACGUCGCUGGACGGUCGACCAGUGGCGUCGGCGGUGUAACGAUUAUGAAACGAGGUCGCCGGACGCGCAUUGGCCGUCGGUCGAAGAGUCGCCGAAGACGUAGCCGGUCACGGUCUGGUCGUCGACACAUGAGGAGACGUAGCGUUGGUAGUACCGCGGAGAACGCCAAAGACGACGACGCGACCACGGACGCCGAGGGAGAUGACGACGAUUUGUCGACGGUCGACGCGAUGUCUCGGCGAAAGCGGGUAAGGAGACAACGAAGGGGACGAAAUGGCAGGCAACGGCGUCGUCGACAAUAUCAGUCCGGUGGUGGUGACGACGACGACGAUAACAAUUACACCGAUGCAGAAAUCACUGACGAAGAAACCAUCGAAGAUGCUUCGUCGUCCAGCGACGGCGGCGCGGCUAGCAGUGUCCUCACGAUGGCUGCCAGAAAUUGCUGGAAUCCUUUUAGCAGCGCCCGCAAGAGGAGGAGGUCCAAGAGCAGACGGUCUAUGAGGUGCAAGAGGAAAAUGAGGAGGAGGAGGAGGAGCAGCAGCAGCAGCAGGUCUAGACGGUCUGUAGGGUGCAGGAGGAAAAAAAAGAAAAGCAGUGGUCGCUGCAAUAUUUUCUCGCUCCGAGAACCCACUGUCGAUGAAACGUCGGAUGACUUGCAGCCUGAGACGAGUGGAACAGGCCAUAGGAGCACCGAUCCUGAUGCGGUCUCUAGGACUCGGCGAGACGCCAGGAAAUCGAGCUCGGCGUCCCGUUCCGACUACACAUAA